CCUCAACUCACCUUCUCGUGAUGUUUGUUCGUCACCAACGGGAAACGUACCCAAUGAUGCCUUGAGCGCCUCCAGCUUGAUCGAAAGCGACUUUGAGGUCGUCGAGGGCGCUGGGCGCUGGGCAGAGUGUCGAUCGCUCUUGCUACUAUUCUAUUCUUGUGCCUAAUUUUUUUUUCUACUUCGAUUCUCGAUAAUAUUGUCUACUAUAUUGUUUUGACUAUUUUUAUUUUUAACUUUUUAACUUUUUUUUUGGGUUUCGCACAGCGAGGACGACUCGACUAUCACCCCCCAAAAAAUGUCAUCCCGCAACAUGCCCAACGACAGCGACCCGCUCGUGGUGGCAAACUUCUUCUUCUUUGGGUCCAUAUUUCCGGGCGCAAACCGAAGAAACCCUCAAUCUUCACCGCCGUCUGAGAACGCCGGCGGGCGACGACCUCCUGGGCCGGGGGAAUGGAAGGGGUGGCCGUGGGACUUUAGCUCGUUCCCCCACGAGGACUUUGGGCCCCAGGUCAACUACGCCAUUUGGAUGAUGACCGCCCUGUCGGCGGUGUUUCUGGCUUUGAGGGUGUACUGCAAGUUCCUCAGGCACAAGGGCUUGUGGUGGGACGACCAUGUUCUCAUCAUCAGCUGGAUAUCUCUUGUCGCGCAAACCGCGCUCAUCUCGUUCAACGUCAGCAUCGGCUACGGGCAGCACAUCUGGGACUUUAACCCCAAGGACCUGCAAACCUUUUUGCUCAUGUCCAACUCGAGCGGCUUCUUCUCCAUCCUGGCGGCCAUGCUCAGCAAGACGUCGUUUGCCAUCACGGUCCUGCGCAUCUCCGAGGGCUGGACGCGCCGCUUCGUCUGGUUCAUCAUCAUCACCAUCAACGCCACCCUGGGCUUCGCCGCCCUCGCCACCUACGUCCAGUGCACCCCGACCGAGAAGCUGUGGAGGCCCAUGCUGCAGGGCACCUGCUGGCCCAAGGAGUUCAUCAUCGACUACAACAUCUUUACGGCCGCAUACUCGGGCGCUAUGGAUAUCGUCUUGGCGCUGCUGCCGUGGCGCAUCAUUUGGAAGUUGACCAUCAACAAGAAGGAGAAGCUGGGUGUCAUGGUUGCCAUGAGCAUGGGAAUAUUCGCCGGCGCGAUAUCGUUCGCCAAGAUCGAACAGCUCCCUGCCAUCAACAAAUCCGACCUCAUCCACGGCCUCUGGCUCUCGAUCCUCGGCACCGCCGAGGCCGCAAUGACCAUCAUCGCCGCCUCCAUCCCAGUUUUGCGCGCCCUGGUCCACCACAACAGUCCGCAGCGCCACCCGGCCCCCGCCCGCUUCGUCAACAACACCGACAUGCUGUACGCCGGCGGGACGAACCUCGGCCGCAACAGCACGACCAUCACGUCUCGAUCCCGAAGCAUCACGCCACCGUCGCGUGGUCGGUUCAACAACCAGCAGAUGCAAUACCAGCCGCAUCAUCACCAUCAUCAUCAUCAGCAGCAGCAGCAGCAGUACCAAUUACAGAACGACCUGGAGCCCCCGAGCCGAUUCCAGCAUUUCAGGAGGGAUAGCUCGUCGAGCACGAGGAGCUGGGCGCAGCGGCUGCACGUGUCCAGGAGGAGGGAGAGCCCGGACGAGGAGUGGUUCUACAGGCUCGAGGCCGGGAGGCCCCCGCCGAUGGGCAAGAUCGAAGUGGCCGAGGAGGUCAGCGUCCAGUUUGAAGACUCGGGAAUUAGGCCUGUCGCCAGGGUGGAAAGAAAGGGAAGGGCGGGGAGCAGAGGCGGUGGUUAUGAUGCCAGGAGCCAGCAGCCUGGCCUUGAGCGUCAGGCGCCGCAGCAUUGGGGUCCGUUGAAGCAACAGGAUCUAGACGCUAGGAGAGGAGUACGAUGAGGUGUAUCUUUGGUCUUUGGAGCUUUCACGAACCCCCCAAUAAGUGUGAUGAACCACUGGCAGUAAAUUACCAGUCUUUGACAACAAGGCACGAGUCCUUGACAAGGAGGCUUCCGCCUGCUGGCACGCACCUCGGUCUACAUUGACUCGACAUCAGCUGGAAGAAGUCUCAAAGGCACCUGGCGAGACAGUGACCAUGUUUUAUACCGCGACCAUAUACUGGCCUCCGCUGGCACGCCAGGUCUCGCUGGGAUUCCAGCCUCCCAAGCGCCAAACUGCGAUGAGGUACGGAGUGCGCAAAAGCCGGGAUCCAGAUAACUGGAAAAUUUCAAGAAAAUAGAAGGAAUGGUUUCAAUAAACCCUUCAGCCAAGCUGGUUGGGCUGGACCUAAGUCGCAAGCCUCGUACUACCUUUCACAGCUGCUCCGCGGCUACCAUCGAGAAAAGUGGCUCGUUCCUAAUUGAAUUUGAACAAGGAUUAAAUUUCGAUGAAGAAUGGAAGAAUGUACUCUAGCAAACGACCGGUAGAUAUUCCGAAUUCCAGCCGAAGAUACAAAAAACGAAUAAAAGAACACCCUAUUGGCGCUGAGCCUGAGGGUCAUUCCCAAUCGAG